AUGGCGUCGGAGCCGAAUCAGGCCGCUGCUAAUGACGCACUGGAGAGGAUUGAAGGUGCCCUCAGGGAAAUGACUGUGGCUAUGGCCACGAAAACUGACCUACAAACCAACACAACUGCAAUACAGGAGACCCUGCGGGCGGAGGUGGCAGGACUCCGCGCCGACCUUGCUACGCAAGCAGGCCGCAUUACCGCGUUGGAGGAGGCGGAUGCGGCCCUCACGGCCCGCGUGGCGUCCACAGACAAUGCUGUGGCCAGGCAGGGCGAGAUGCUGCUGAAUAUGCGUCGCCACCUCGAAGAUGUGGAUAACAGAGGUCGGCGAUGCAACAUUCGUGUUCGGGGUGUACCUGAGGCAGAGGGGGCAGAGGAUGCGCAAAACACCCUUAAGGAGCUCUUCCGUUCCAUCAUGCUGCCGACACUGUUACCACACAUUGAAUUUGACAGAGCUCAUAGGGCCCUACGCCCUAGGAAUGCGGGAGAUGGCCCAAGGGACCUUAUUUGCUGUUUAAGCUCGUUCCCGGUGAAGAAUGACAUUAUGACAAAAGCCCGGGAACGGCCUUCCUGGCCCUUCCGGGGAGCUCAGGUCUCCCUCUAUAAUGACCUAUCCCCCAUCACCCUGGAUGCCAGACGAGCUCUCCGCCCUGUCACGGCAGCACUGAGAGACCAUGAUGUGGUCUACAAAUGGGGCUUCCCCUUCGCUUUAAUGGCAAGGCAUCAGAACCGCUGGAUUACCUUGAGGUGGCCGGAGGAGGUGCCGGGAUUCCUGAGGGAGCUGGGCCUCCCACUGCAGAUGGUCCCCAACUGGAUCUUGGGCUCGCUGGGCCCACCCCCAAGACCACGGAGAGAACCAAGACAGCGGGCUGCGGAUGAUCCUGCUGCCUCUCAUCCCGGUCGUCAUGGGAGGCCGACAUCUCCGGAGGAAUGA